AUGGUGGCGCCACCGAUGGACGGGCCUGAUUGGGUGGCGUUGGCGUUGGCAGCGACGGAGGGGGUGAUUCCCGUUCCAUGGACCCACCUGCUCAUAGCGUGCGGGGUGGUGGUCGCGGAGAGCGCCUUGGCGCACUUCUUGGAGGUCGGCUUGGCCGACCAGCUGCUGGUCGCAGGGGUGCGCGCCUUUGUGCAGCUGAACCUGCUCGGCUACGUGCUGGCGCCCAUCUUCAACAGCGACAGCGCGCCAAAGGUCACAUACCCAAACCUCUUCAGGGAUGCGGUGGCCACCACCACGCUGGCGCUGUUCGCCACUGGUGUGGUCAUGAUGCUCAUCGUGAUGCCCUCACCGUGGUACGACGCGCACUACCUCAUCCCAGUGGAUCAGGUCGAGGUGCUUCUGUCGUUCGGGGCGAACCAGUGGGAGGCGAUCUGGCCCGGAUUCACGAACAUCUUCCGCACGGCGCUGAUACCAGCCAUCAACGGUAUGAACGUCAUCGGGCUGGUAUCGAUUCCUGGGAUGAUGACCGGCCAGAUCCUGGGCGGCUCGCCCCCAGAGACGGCCGCACGCUACCAGAUCGUCAUCACCUUCCUCAUCUCCGGCAGCAACUUCAUCUCGGUGCUGUGCAUCAUGCUCCUGGCCGUGAGGUCCGUCUUCGACGCGCGUGGCCGGCUGGACUCCGAGCGUCUCACGGAGCAGCGGCGGCUGAACGUGGCGCAGCUGUUCAGCCCUGCCGCGUGGAGGAAGCGGCGCGAGCGGCGCGCGGGGGCGGCCGCCGGUGCCGAGGCCGCGGGGCGAGGCGUGCCGCUUCUCGAGGAGGCAGGGCGCACCGCCGUCGAGCUGAGGGAGGUCAAGGCCUACGCAGCCCCGGCCGACGAGGUGCUCCUGGACGUCGGCAUAGACGGCCUGAUCGGGGGCAGCAGGCGAGUGGCCGUGAGCUUGGAGCUCCACCCCGGGGAGAUCGCCGUGGUCAUGGGCCCGAGCGGCGUCGGCAAGUCCACCGUCCUCCGCCUGCUGUCGGACCUGCAGCCGUGGCGCGGCGGCAGCGCGUCGCUGCGGGGCGCCCGGGCGGCAGACAUGCGGGCCCAGGACUGGCGCCGGGACGUCCUGUACGUCCACCAGUCGAAGUCGGCGCUGCUGGGGUGCCCCCGCGACCUGGUGGCGAGCGUCCAGCGGUUCAAGUCGAGGGCCGGCCUGGCGCCACUGGGGCUGGAGCCUCUGCUGGAGGAGUUCGGGCUGUGCCCCGCCAGGGAGUACCUGGACAAGCCGUGGGGCAAGCUGUCGGGCGGGGAGUCCCAGCGGGCGAUGCUCGCCAUCGGGCUGGCUGCCAGGAUCGGCUCCCACAGCCAGCCGGACCUGCUCUUCCCGCGCGCCCCCGGCGGGCAGCGCCUCGCAGAGCCCGACCGGCUGCCCGCGGUCGGCGUCGGCGCGUGGAGCAGCGCCGCUGGGCUGGUCCUCCUCGCCGAGAAUUGCCAUCCCGCGCCCGACGCGAUAGAGGACUGCGGGCAUGACGGCAUAACGGAGGCGGAGUGCCAGGAGAAGGGCUGCUGCUACGACGAUACAAGCUCGAUCUGGUGCUCGAGAGCAGCGACUUCUGAAGGAGGGCGCGGAGAGCGAAAUCAGGGCCCCGGCCUCGGUUUCCAUGACCUCAGCUUCGAUUGCGACCCGCUCGCGCCGACGGCGCAGUCCAAGGGCGAGAAAACGGGCAGGUCUCCUCUCUGGACGCCUGGGCCCAUCCCCGAAGCGGUGGCCGACCUGAGCGACGCCGGCUCACCGAUGUUAGCAUGGGCGAUACUUCGGAUUCAACAAGAUAACGAACUUCUCAGCGACCGCCUCAAGACCAUGACCGACGCGGUUAAGGCAUGCGUCGUCGACGCAAAGAUCGUGGCCCCGACCGUCGUCGUGCAGAAGAACGCGGAGUGCUUGCAUCUGGAGCUCGGUCAGUAUGCGCGGGCGCAGCGCCCUCGCUACCUCGGCCUGCCCAUGCCCCGGGAGGAUAUCGAGCUCGCGAGCCUGGGGGCCUACAACAAGCGAAUCUCAGCGACCGAGGGUGAAGUGGCGGAGCUCACGCGACGCGUUGCUACCUCAGAGGCAGAACAAUUGAGACAUCGACAGGCGAUCGACGAGAUCAACCGUGCGUUGGCGUUGGCAGAGGCUUCUUUCCCUGUCGUCGACCUCGCCGCCGAGGCCGCAUUUGAAUAUGACUCAGCGGUCUUCCCCGUGAGCUGCUCCGACCUCCAGGAAGGCUUGCUCACCUUCGAAGGCGCCUCCAUCGCCAAGCUCGAGAUUGGCGCCAGUGCCAGCGCGCAGGCCACGGUGGAGUGGCACCGACCCCUCGCCAUGGCCAAGGGCAUCGACCGCAGCGCCGUCGACGAGCGCCCCGACGCGGCCGACGUCUUCGAUCGCGCUGUGGCCGCCGAGGCGCCUCAUGGGAACCCGUCGAUCAGUGGCGCUUCGUUUGAGGGCCCGUCUACUACCAUUGCCGUUGACCCCAUCAUCAAUGACGUGCAGGGCAUCCCGUCCAUCUUGCAGCCGCGGCAGAUGCCGUCGGGCCCGCGCCAGCGUAAGCGCCUCGAUGACAUCUUCUACGAUAGGCCAGAGCUCGAUGACUUCGACCAGUGGUUGGCGUGGUGCGCCCCGUCCACGCUCGCCCAGUUCAGCCCCCGCGACUGUGAAUACGAGUUCGAAGGAACGGACAACGACGCGUACGGGGCCGUGCGUCGGCCCUACGCUGAGGACAUUGUCGCACUUCGUGGGCGCCCAGACGCACUCCCUGAGCAAACGUGA